AAUGAAUUUUAUAUAAAGGGUAGCUUAUAGUUAUGGAUAAAGCAAUAUCUCUAAACUUGAGUAAGUUGGAUUAAGCCAUACCAAAAGUGUUAACUUAUCCAGACCUCCAAGGUAUUUCAAAUAUUAUUAACAAUUAGAAAUUUCAAUCCUGGACAAUAAGCACCAAUUGCUUAUAAUGAAUAAUUUACUUACCCAAAAGAUUACAGACCUUGGACUAUUAAUUACAAGUACAAAUAAAACUCAACUAUGAUAGAAAGGAUGGUGCAUUUUGGUUGAUAAUGGGUAUUUCUUGGUUUGCAUAUUUUUCAUAUGAAUUGGCAUACUUAAGAAGAACAGAGCAAGAUGAGAGACCAAAUAAGGAUUAUUAUGCUUCUUGAU